UGCAAGGACCGCCUGAAUGCACUGGCCAUCUCGGUGAUGAACCAGUGGCCGGGCGUGAAGCUGCGGGUGACCGAGGGCUGGGACGAGGACGGGCACCACUCGGAGGAGUCGCUGCACUACGAGGGCCGCGCUGUGGAUAUCACCACCUCCGACCGCGACCGCAACAAAUACGGCAUGCUGGCACGCCUGGCCGUGGAGGCCGGCUUCGACUGGGUCUACUACGAGUCCAAGGCCCACAUCCACUGCUCCGUCAAGUCAGAGCAUUCGGCAGCAGCAAAGACGGGCGGCUGCUUCCCGGCGGAGGCGCUGACGACGCUGGAGGAUGGGUCACGGACUCCGGUGCGGGCGCUGCGCCCAGGGCAGCGCGUGCUGGCGAUGGACACGCGGGGCCAGGCCACCUACAGCGAGGUCGUGGCCUUCCUGGACAAGGCAGCUGCAGCCCGGCCCGUCUUCCACGUGCUGGAGACCCGUGACCCGCCGCGCCGCCUGGCCCUGACUCCGUCCCACCUGCUCUUUGUGGCUGACAAUGCCACGGCGCCCGCCUCCCGCCGUGUGCGCCCGGGCCAGUACGUGCUGGUGGCCGGGCUGGGGCUGGGGCUGCAGCCGGCGCGUGUGGAGACCGUGUCGGUCCGGACGGAUGUGGGCGCCUACGCCCCACUCACCCGCCACGGGACGCUGGUGGUGGACGGCGUCGUGGCCUCCUGCUUUGCCCUGGUGGAGGAGCAGGCCUUGGCCCAGCUGGCCUUCUGGCCCCUGCGGCUCUACCAUGGCCUGGUCGGGGCAUCCUACGGCCAGCCCGAGGGGCUGCACUGGUACUCGGGGCUGCUCUACCACCUGGGCCGCCUGCUGCUGCCCCCGGAGAGCUUCCACCCCCUGGGCACGGCCCCGCUGCACAGCUGAGGGCACACGGGCGAGGACGGAGCCACCGCUGCCACGAGGCUCCUGGCUCUCCCACAUCCGGGCUGCAAAAGGGCCCGGACAUGCCGGGCACGGAGAUGGCAGCCCUCCACCCCGGCUGGACCUAGUAUCAGCCGGAGCACG